AUGGCUAUCUGGUCUUCGGUUCUAUAUAAGUCAGAAAGAAAUAUUGUUCUUCUGCAGCUAGGCACGCGCCGGUGUCGCAUAGACUGUUGUAUCGUCCUGAGUAAAAGGCUUUUUCAUAUGGCCAGCCUCGAGUCGAAAAGUUAUGGCUCUCCAAACACAUGUAAGGGCUUUGGAUGUACCGACUCUCACAUUCAGCACUCUGUUCAUAAGCCACAACAAGCACAUCUAAAUAGCCGAAGUGGCCAUGACUACCGCCAUCAACCUUCUCAAAUCCUCAUUAACAAGUUGAACGAGCUAUUUGAUUUCCGGCACUUCCAGGGUCUUCGCGCAGAUCUGGAAAACCUUCCGAAGGAUAGCGCCAAAGAGGACUAUACGUACUUGACGCCGACAAGCGAUAUGGAUAGCAAUAGCUACUUUGCGCCACUUGAUUUGCAUGAAAGUGAGAGUAGAUAUACUGUGAGAGUAAACGACGAGCUUGGCAAUCACAGCGGAAGUAACCACACAUCAAUUCAAUCAGAUACAUAUCGGCCGCUUUCUCUGAAUAACGAAAAUCGACUGUUUUUGCACGACCUUAUUUCAGGCGACAUAUACGAAGAAGAAUAG